ACGUGAGUCGUCAUUUUGUAGUUUUUCUUCAAAAAACCCCGUUUAUUUUGCAGAAAAAACAUAUUAUUCUUUUCACUGACAGAAAUCCCGCUGUCGCUCUUUUUCGGUUUUGUUGCAGCGGUUUAGCAAGAACGGGUCAAAGUGCUGUUUUUUUGUUUGUUUUUUAGCCGUACUCUGUUUUUUAUGGAAAUUUAAACAGUUUUAUAAUAAACUCGAAGUAAAUUGCUAGUUCAGAAGAAGCAUUAAUAUUUUUUAUCGACGAUAAAUUCGGCAUGGAUUCAGUAAAAGCAGAAAAUACACUGAUGAGAACUGGACUUUGCCGUGUGUUGAGAUCCCUAACAUGCUGGCUAAAGACGGAGCAAAGCUACAGAAAGGAGGAGCAAGGAAGAGGAGGCACCCUGCUGAAGAUGGAGGAAGAGCAGAAUGGAAGAAGACGAAGAACAGAGGUGAAGAAGAAAAACAAGGACAAAAACCUCUGGGAGACGGUGGCAGGAAGCGACUGGAUGCUCUGAGUGUUGGCUACUUCCGCCGCGUUGGGGAACGACUGAGUGAAGGCUUUGAAGAAGAGGAGGAGAGAGAGAUGUUUGUGGGGAACGUCCUCGCCGAGGUGAAAGGUAAAGCCGGCCUGGUGGCCACCGACCGGACGGGAAGCAUCACUCUGCAGCGGCUGCUCCCGCUGUCCGGCCCGGACCAGGUGGGCGAAGUCCUGGCCGAACUGGGCGGAGAGUCGGGGGCCGGGUUUAAAGAGGUCUCGUGCGACCGCUGUGGAGGCCACGUCGUAGAGAGCGCGCUCAGACAGAUGUCCAGGUGGGAGGAGUUCUCGCAGAAGGAUCCGUCCAAAGAGGAUGAGGAUGAGGAGGAGAGCGCCGGGGUGCUGGAGAGCCAGGUGUUGUCUUUAAGUCAGGUGGUGAAAGACAACGGCUCAGAAUUCAUCGGACACGUUCACGGCUCGCACGUGGUCCGCACACUUUUACACGUGCUGGCGGGCUGCGUCGGACCUCCUCGCACUGAAGCCCAGCCAGGUGCAAAAGAGCACAGGGCGGCCCCCCAGCUGACCGACUUUGAGAUUCCCACCUCGUUCUGGUACGAGCUGAAGAGCCUCACCGAGACCCUGAUGGAAAAUAUUCAUCUGAGCGUUACAGAUGGAGCUGCCAGCGCCGUCUUCCAGACCAUGCUGACCGUGUGUCACAGAAAACGACCCAAACUGUGCAAACAGCUCCUGAAGCGCACCAUGGAGUACCUGACCAGCCGCGGCUCGGCCCCCGGAGUCAGUCCGCUGCUGGUCUUCCUGAAGGACCAGGCCUCCAGUCGCCUCAUAGAGACGAUCAUCCAGCUGUCCCACAAAUCUCUUCUCCGUGACCUUUACAAGAGCCACUUCAAGGGCAGUUUGGUUGACCUCGCCCUCCAUCCUAUCGCCAACUUCCCCGUCCAGAGGCUGACAGCCGCCUUGGCCGAACAUAAACUGUUCCCGAAGCUGUUCGACGAGCUGGUCCAGGGCGUGGAGGCCGUCUUGGCUGCCGGUCACAUGGGCGUGAUCGUCCAGCUGGCGGAAAGCUGCGCAGAAGGCGGAGAGAAGCAGGACGACAUGAUGCGGUGCCUUCUGAACUCUUUCCACUGCGCCGAGCCCGGCUCUCGACACGUCUGCUGCCUGCCGCUCUUUAUGUCCUUGCUCACCUAUGAGGUGUAUUACCAGACUGAUGCAACAGAGGGCAGCACACAGAAAGAGGUUCCGCUGACGUCCAUCUGCUACCACGGUUCCCGGCUGGUCCAAGCGCUGGCCAGGUUUAAGGAGCGCUCUCACCUCCUCAGCAGCCUGCGCACCCUGAGCCCCGCCGACCUCCUCACGAUGGCCUCCGACCCCUCCGGCAGCCACGUCCUGCAGGCCCUCAUCACCACAUCCAGCGACAAAGGCAGGGGCAAGAUCCUCAAGAGACUGGAGGGCCAGUACGUGCAGAUGGCCUGCUCCAGGCUCGGGAGCCGAGUCCUGGAAGCCGCGUGGAACAGCGCUUCGGUCAGCCAGAGGCAAGGCAUCGCGCAGGAGCUUGUUCCCAGCGAAAGUAAGCUGAGGUCCGAUCAGUUCGCCCGUCACGUUUGGGCGAAGUUCGGCCUCUCCCACUUUGUCCACAGGAGAGCCCACUGGCAGGAAAUCCAGACGGGGGAGUCCAAGAAACGGAAACUUUUCAGCGACCUUCUGGAGUGAAAAGUCGAAAUUAGUCAAAUUGUUUAGUGUUUAGUGCUUGAUAAUAAAUAUAUAUAAUGUUG